CCCGGCACACGCACGCCCCGCAACCCCUCCCUCGCCCCUUCCCCGAUGCUCGGUCUCCGCCAGUCGCAGUCGCUGCAUCCUCUGAGAGCGGCAAGAGGGAGGUCGCCAGGCGCGGCCGCCAGCGGAGACACCAUGUGACGGGCACCGCUCAGUGACACGCAGCUUUGGUUAAAGAGCGGGCGCGCGGGAGGGGAGGCGGCGGGACGCGGGACGCGGAGGAAUGGCCUGACUUUCCCCCUUUAAACCAUCACGAGCCAUGGAUGCGCAAAGGCGACGCGCCCCCCAGUAGGAGAAUGACUGCGAUUCGAGACCCUCCGCGCCCUAGCGUGUGGAUGUAAGUGCGAGGCUGGCGAGCAGAGUGUGGGUGGGGGUUGGCGGUGGGGGGAGACUCUGAUGCAAUCGGCCCAGAAAGGAGGAGGAGAGCCAGAGAGCGCGGGCUGGGGUGGCCACGCCGCUCUGCCUGAAGGUCGCCGGGAACCUCCGCCCUUCACCUUCCUCGGAAAUCCGCCACGCCACGCCAAGCUUCCCCGCCCAGCCCUCGCUGACGGAGGCCACCUUUUCCCGGCCGAGACAGCCAGACCUUGAUACAAAGGACAUCACACGGCCGGGGGGUAAUCCCGGAAGGGCGGACACCUGGUCUCCUUUGGCCACUUUUCCCUUUAUUGCCCGAGGUAUUUAUUGAGUGCCUGCUGUAUGCCAGGCACUGUAUCUAUGUGCAUAGAAAAGCCCUGGAAGGUCAUACUCCUGUAUAUGUACAGUGAUCAUCUCUGUUUGCUGAGAUACGAGGGGUGUCAAGCUUCUAUUUUUGCUGCUAUCCCUUUGUAAUACACUCAGAGCAGAAUUUGGACUAAUUUUUUGACCACAGAUACUUUCUAAACAUGAUGCAUUUCAAAAGUGGACUCGAAUUAACAGAGUUGCAAAACAUGACCGUGCCCGAAGAUGAUAACAUUAGCAACGAUUCCAAUGACUUCACUGAAGUAGAAAAUGGUCAGAUAAAUAGCAAAUUUAUUUCUGAUCGCGAAAGUAGAAGAAGUCUCACUAACAGCCACUUGGAAAAAAAGAAAUGUGAUGACUAUAUUCCAGGAACAACCUCCUUAGGCAUGUCUGUUUUUAACCUAAGCAAUGCCAUUAUGGGCAGUGGGAUUUUGGGACUCGCCUUUGCCCUGGCAAACACCGGAAUUCUACUUUUUCUGAUACUUUUGACUUCUGUGACACUGCUGUCUAUAUAUUCAAUAAACCUUCUUUUGAUCUGUUCAAAGGAAACAGGCUGCAUGGUUUAUGAGAAGCUGGGAGAACAGGUCUUUGGCACCACAGGGAAGCUCGUAAUCUUCGGAGCCACCUCUCUACAGAACACUGGAGCAAUGCUGAGCUACCUCUUCAUCGUAAAAAAUGAACUACCCUCUGCCAUAAAGUUUCUGAUGGGAAAGGAAGAGGCAUUUUCAGCCUGGUAUGUGGAUGGCCGUGUUUUGGUGGUGGUAGUUACCUUUGGCAUAAUCCUCCCUCUGUGUCUCUUGAAGAACUUAGGGUAUCUUGGCUAUACCAGUGGAUUUUCUUUGAGCUGUAUGGUUUUUUUCCUAAUAGUGGUUAUCUACAAGAAAUUUCAAAUUCCCUGCAUUGUUCCAGAGCUAAAUUCAACAACAAGUGCUAAUUUAACCAAUCCUGACAUGUGUACACCAAAAUAUGUUACCUUCAAUUCAAAGACCGUGUAUGCUUUGCCAACCAUUGCGUUUGCUUUUGUCUGCCACCCAUCAGUCCUGCCGAUUUACAGUGAACUUAAAGAUCGAUCACAGAAAAAGAUGCAGAUGGUUUCCAACAUCUCCUUUUUCGCCAUGUUUGUUAUGUACUUCCUGACUGCCAUUUUUGGCUACUUGACAUUCUAUGAAAAUGUGCAAUCAGACCUCCUUCACAAGUACCAGAGUAAAGAUGACAUUCUCAUCCUGACAGUGCGGCUGGCUGUAAUUGUUGCUGUCAUCCUCACAGUGCCGGUGUUAUUCUUCACGGUUCGUUCAUCUUUAUUUGAACUGGCUAAGAAAACAAAGUUUAAUUUAUGUCGUCAUGUCUUGGUUACCUUCAUACUCUUGGUUAUUAUCAACUUGUUGGUGAUCUUCAUACCCUCCAUGAAGGAUAUUUUUGGAGUCGUAGGAGUUACAUCUGCUAACAUGCUUAUUUUCAUUCUUCCUUCAUCUCUUUAUUUAAAAAUCACAAGUCAGGAUGGAGAUAAAGGGACUCAAAGAAUUUGGGCUGCCCUCUUCUUGGGCCUGGGGGUGUUGUUUUCCCUGGUCAGCAUCCCGUUGGUCAUCUAUGACUGGGCCUGCUCAUCAAAUAGUGACGAAGGCCACUGAGACAAGCUGAGGACAGGAGACAUUUCCAGACCGCUGCUCGGCCAUGUCACCCCACAUCAGCAAUCUUCAUCACUUCUUUUGCAAGUUUACAGAAGCAAACAGAAAUUCACAAGAUACUUAAAAUGGAAUAACAUUUUGGUAGCAAAACAGAAACCAGUUUCUAUAAUGGUUCCAGUCCCUAUAAGAUUUCAGAUCAAUUUAAGGAUUGUGGAUAUUUUUUUUUUUUAAGUUUCAUGCAAUUGUGUAUCUCCGUGCUCUUCACAGUUAUUUUUCACUCUUCUAACUAUUUUUUUGUGACUUCCUGGUCCCUUAAAACUUUGAAAACAUGAUCAUCAAUCAUGUUUAUUUAUUACACAUCCAGAUUCUGUUAAUAAUUUUCCUGCCGAUGUUCCACUCACAUCAUCUGUACCUUUUUAGAAAAGAAUCUUGAAUUGUAUAUAGUUAUUUUGCUUUACAGAAAAAAAAAUGGUUUCAUAAGUAUUUUGCCUACUUUGGUUAACAUAGCACACAGGGAUACUUGUAAGAGAGUGACAGGGUGUGUGCCAUUGCUGGAUCAGAACCUGCCCAAUAUUUGAGGUGGCUCUGAUCACCUGGCAGCCGGGGGCUCUAGCAGUCCAGUGGCCUCAUUGGUACUACAUCCUGCUUUAUGCAGAGACAUUCUCCAAUGAGUGUUCUCAGCUGGGAAGGGGGUGAGAAUGACUUCUUACCUUGGUAAACAUAUUAAACCACACAUUUGGGUUACCUAGCAAGUGAAGUUUUGUUUCCCUCUUGGCAAAUUGUGUCAAAGUUACUCUAAGCUGAGUCACCUUCCACUGAGGGAGACCCAUGACACCUUUGUAAUAAAUUGAGAAGCAAGAGUAUCCAAAAUGCUUAAGAAAAUAUUCCUCUGAUACAAAUAACCUUCAACCCUACACCUGUAUUGUUGAAAGGAGAAAAAACAUUUUCUUAAAUUAUAAACCCAGCAGCUUUUACUCAUGUCCACCAGCUUUUUGCACAGGGAAUAAUGUGUAUCUAGCCAAGGACGAUCUAAGAGAAGUAAUUCCUGUUUUAUAUUGGGUACUUUAGGGGGGUCUUUAAAAGACUUGUUUUAUAUCUAUAAAUUUAGGUUAUUACAAAUACAAGAUUUUUGUACCUUAGAUAUAAGCCUCAUUCCUAUUUCUUCUCCAUUAACAAUCCACCCAGAGUCUUGAAAAAAAAAAAAAUGAAAAAAAGAAAAGAAA